GUCAACUGAGAGACGGAGUAUAUCUAAUCUUAUACUAUCCUUCAAAGACUGUGUGUCUCUGUGUGUUUGUGUCCUCUCUCUAUAUUUACUAAUUUCCUCAUAUUCAUUUGACAUAUAUUAUUUCUUUACAUUUUCUGCUAUUGUUUAAUGUUGUGUUGUGUGCUGUUGUCUUCACAGCAGUAAGGAAUAUUUCCUUCUCAACAUUUUCAGCAUCACAGCAUGUAAAGCAGUAAUUUUCCAUUACCUUUUUUUUUUUCUUUUUUUUAAUUUACACUUUGUUGUCCUAUGAAGGCUAUUUGAUAAAAUCAUUUUUGCUCUUCUCCUGUCCCUGUCUGGAACUGAUUUAUAACUUUUUGUUGAGGAGUAGUUUUCUUGUCUUGGUACGGUGCCAGAUGUUCCAUUAACUUGUCAAAAUAUUGUCAAUUGUUCUUAUGUAAGGAAAAUUAAAAAUGGAAGAAAUUGAACAACAUGAAUUCUUAUUUCAAUGGCAGCAAAAUAUGUGGUUACUCAUGUAUGUGCAGUAUGUGGCUUUGUUCUUCCCCUUGUCUCCACCCUCAGCAAUACAGCAGGAUAUAUAAAUGACAUGAGUGUGUAUACUGUAAAGGACAUCAGUGAAUAUCAACACAAGAACUUCAUGCAAAGAAACUUCUCAAAUUCCCUGUCACCAGUCACCUGCCCUGGACUCCAUUCCCCAGAAUCCUCCCCUGCUCACACCUGGUUCCAGUCAGCCAUCUCAGUCAUCAGUCAAGAUCACAAUCACCCGCACCUGAUGUCUCCAAUCAAGCCUCCCUACACGAACACACUCAACCCAGUCACUCGCCGUCCGUUCUACCGUUCACUACCCCAAACAGUUCCCAGACCCUUUGUGCACUCUGUGUCUCCUCGCCUGUGUAUUGUGACAGAAGACCAGACCAACAAAACAUGGAAGUCGUCGCUCACGCUAGCCUGCCGCUGCUAACUCCAGGCCACCGCCGUCUGCGGCUUGGGCCCAGCCCGCUGGUCAGACUUCAGGCUGGUUCGGCUUCCAAGCCCGCAGCCGUUCGCAGCAAAGUCAAGGCCGGCCUCUCCUAAGCCUGCCGCCGUUUGAGGCUCUCCCGAGCCCGCCGCCGUCCGCAGCCAGUGCAAGUCUGCCACCCGUGGCUUUCCCAAGCCCGCCAUUCGUGGGGAAAUUCACGCCGCUGUUCGUGGGGAAUUUCACUCCCUUUGGGGAGGGGGGAGUGAUGUCACGAGUUCCCUGUCACCAGUCACCUGCCCUGGACUCCAUUUCCCAGAAUCCUCCCCUGCUCACACCUGGUUCCAGUCAGCCAUCAGUCAAGAUCACAAUCACCCGCACCUGAUGUCUCCAAUCAAGCCUCCCUACACGAACACACUCAACCCAGUCACUCACCGUCCGGUCUACCGUUCACUACCCCAAACAGUUCCCAGACCCUUUGUGCACUUACCCCUAUGUACUUACCUUUUCAGACUCCCAGCGAUCUUCUAGCAGUUCUCCAUUGUCCCUGGUUCCCACUCUCCAUCGAUCCUGCAAGGAAGGACUCUCAUCAGUACACAGCAAAGACCCAUUGAACUGACAUCAUCUCCAAGACUCUUACCUGCCAUUUGCUCCUCACUGUCUGUUUUCAUUCGGUCAUUAAACUGGCCUAUGUUUCACUUACCUCUGUGUCUCCUCGCCUGUGUAUUGUGACAAAUACAUUAUAAUGCUUACGCACUGUAAUUACAUUGUGGGUAUAACUUUUAAGAUUAUGAUUAUUUCUAACACAAUGAACACCAUAUUAAAUCUACUUUUACGUUGAUAAUGGACUAUAUAUCUUGACAUUAUUUCAGAUCUGCAUAGUAUCUUACUGCAGUACAUCUUGUAAGUGGUUAGGUGUGGAGUGUUAUUUGAGUGUUCCCUGUGAGGCUAAUAUUAAUUUUGAUGUAAGCUAGUUAAUAAUUUCAACUGAAAAAAAAAAUAAAAAUGCAAUGUUUAUGUUACGUUACAUUUUAUUUUGAUGGUCCCCUUAGUCUAUUGACUAUAAGCAACUUUGCAACUACAUGUCAACUAACUAUCAUUACAGUAUUAGGUUAAGGUUAGGGUCGGUAGAAUGUUGACGUACUUCCAAAGUUACUUAUAGUCAGUUUUUCUGUUGAGGAACCAUCAAAAUAAAGUGUUAGCAUAUAUUUAGCAGACAUACUACUAAUACUCUAAUGACUAGUUAACAUGUAAUUGCAGAGUUACUUAUCAACAGCUGUCUAAAGGGUACCAUCAAAAUAAUCAAACUGAUAUUAAAAUAAAAAUAGUUCAAAGCAAAUGUGUCAUAUUACACAUUCAUCUGAUCUGAUAUCUGAUCUUAUGGCUGUUUGAGAGAAAAAAAAUAUUACUAUUAUUAUUACUAUACUUAUAAAUGGUCAUUGAUGGCUUUAAAGGAACACUCCACUUUUUUUGAAAAUAGGCUCAUUUUCCAACUCCCCAAGAGUUAAACAGUUGAGUUUUACUGUUUUCGAAUCCAUUCAGCUGAUCUCCGGGUCUGGCGGGAGCACUUUUAGCAUAGCUUACCAUAGAUCAUUGAAUCUGAUUAGACCGUUAGCAUCUCGAUCAAAAAUUACAAAAAAGUUUCGAUAUUUCUCCUAUUUAAAACUUGACUUUUCUGUAGUUACAUCAUGAUCUAAGACUGACUGAAAAUGAAAAGUUGCAAUUUUCUAGGCCGAUAUGGCUAGGAACUAUACUCUCAUUCCGGCGUAAUAAUCAAGGAACUUUGCUUCCAUACCAUGGGUGCAGCAGGCGCAAUGAUAUUACGCAACGCCUGAAAGUAGUCCCCAGCUAGGUAACUAGUUAUGAUCAUUCAGAGGUGAUUGGGGCUCCCAAGUUUGACCCCUAAUAUCGUCAAGACAUAACUCGUAGUGACAGACAGAUAGGGAAAGGCAGAUAACAAAGAACAACACCUGGAACGAAGCAGUUUUUUGGGAACAGCUAAGAGACUACACUGAGAAGAUCGCAAUUUGCGAGUUUGCGUGUAAGGUGUUAAAAGAUCAGCCAGAUACUGCUGAAUAAAUGACUAGAUGAGAUGAAGUGCCCACAUUUAUUACAAGACACAAAAAUGAAAGUGUUGUUCCAGUCAUUUUAUUCAGACUGUUUAGAUUUUAAAUUACAUUGAAAGCACAUUUGGUUAAGAGGGACUUCAGCCAGUUAGGCUUGUCAAAUCAUUAUAUUACACUGGUGUGUAAGAAUAUUAGUUUAUAUUUUCAUUUAAUAGCAAAAGUACAUCUCUCAAUAUUUAAAUAAAUAUAGUAUUCAUUUAUUUACUUACAUACUUACAUGAGCUGUUUUGUUGCAAGCAGACUGGAGAGUGACAGUGAAGGUCUUCUGUGGGAACACAUUCAGUCCAGCAAUAACCAUGAGUUUCGGACUUUCAUCCAGCAAACUGAUUUUAAUUCAUCAAGGUCCUCCGAAACGAUUUCGUCUAGACACAAAGAGAAGAGUGUUUGAUGAAAGUGGGAAAGUCAGAAAAUGGACUUAUGGGAAAAAAGACACCAGUAAACCAAACCAAAUUGUUCUGCUGGUGGGAGAGACUGGAGCUGGCAAGACGACUCUCAUCAACACCAUGGUCAACUACUUACUGAAGGUGAAGUUUGAGGAAAAAAUAUGGUAUGAAAUCACAGAAGAAGAAGCCAGAGAUCAAUCAGAAUCACAAACCUCUGAAAUAACCAUGUAUGAGGUCUGUCCUGAAGAAAGUCCCACAUCUCUCACCAUCAUUGAUACUCCAGGCUACGGAGACACUAGAGGACUGGAAAAAGAUCUGGAAGUUGCUGUGAAUUUAGCCACUCUGUUUCAGAGCAGUGCUGGAGUUCGUGAAGUUGAUGCCGUGUGUUUUGUGAUUCAAGCAUCUAAGAAUCGUCUCUCAGACAGACAGCAUUACAUUAUCAGUUCAAUUCUGUCUUUGUUUGGAAAAGAUAUUGUGAACAACAUUGUGUUUUUAAUCACACAUUCUGAUGGUAUGGCACCCAAAAACGUCCUCAGUGCCAUCAAGAAAGCUAAAAUCCCCUGCAGACGAGACGAAAGCGGCCAACCUGUUUAUUUCUUAUUCAACAAUCGGCAGGCUGAAGAACAAAACAAUGAGAGCCGUUACCUUCGUGCUCAAAGAGAUGCUUGGGAAAGCUGCAUGGCAGAGAUGAAGCUAUUUCUUAAGUCUCUGGAUAAAAAGAACAGAAUAAGUUUAGAGUUGACUUCAGAUGUCCUCAUUGAGCGCAUUCAAUUAGAAGCAUUAAUCUGCAACUUACAGCUGCGAGUUGAAGAGAAAGAGUCCAAGAAAUCUGAAAAAAUUCAGAUUCAGGAGGCAAUGAAACUAAACAAGGAAAAGAUUGACAGGCACACAAACUUUAGCAUUAGAGUCAAAAAGACAAUCAAAGUGAAGGUGCCCAUUGAAAGUGCUUCAUGGAAGAACAGGAAGGCAACGACCUGCACCGUCUGUGAGGAGAACUGUCAUGAGUUUGACUGCUGGUGGGUUUCUGAUCCCAGCAAUUGUGAAGUCAUGAAGAAAGGUUACUGCACUGUGUGCACUGGGAAGUGUCAUCACAGCAAACAUGUCAAAGAUAACAAGAAAUAUGUCAUCAGCACCUCGAAUGUUGUGAUGCAAUCAGAUGAAUUAAAAAAGGGAUACGAAAAUGCUAAAAGCAAGAGGUUUUCUGUUGUAAUGGAUGAUCUUGACAAAGAUCUGCAGGAGCUUGAGGAUCAAAAGUCAAUUCUUCUGUUCAAUGCUUACAAGACCAUCAAGCAUCUGUCUCAGAUCGCAUUAAAACCAGACUCUGCCUUCACUCUUCAGCAUCUCGACUUCUUCAUCCCCAGAUUGAAGGAGGCUGGGAAAGAAAACUGGGUCCGAGAGCUUGAGGAAAUGAUGAGAAACGCUAAAUCUGAGGAAGCAAAUAAAGAUGCUCUGAGUUACCUUAAAGCUGGCCUGACAAAACUUUUCCUUGGGGUGAAAGGCGGAGAAGACAAGAGAUGAAUCAAUGAAAAUAAGACGUGAUGAGAAAGUAAUGCAGGUGACAUGCUGUACAUCUGAAAAAGAGAAAUUUCAUUUAAUCAUAGUAUCAAGCUGUUUUAGUGUUUAUUUAAAAGACAAGCCACUCCAGUCCAAUCUGUUAGUUUAUGAACUGUUAUAAUAAAUGAAUAUCAGUAAAUUUGGGGCGUAAUAGAUGUAACAGAAAUUUUUGCAUCUGUGGAUGUUGAUGUGUUUAAUUUUAAACUCUUCUAUAUUUUAUCUACAUCAGUUGCUGUCUUUUUUUUUUUUUUUUACUUUUGGUCCCACUUUAUAUUAGGUGGCCUUAACUACUAUGUAAUUACAUUUAAAUUAAUCAUUUGGUACAAUGCACUUAUUGUGUACAUGUUUUUACAUUGUACUUAUAUUUUUAAAAUAUCUAUA